CUGUUGAAAUUUGGAGAUUAUUUCAUGCUUCUGGAGACACAUGAGGAAAGAGGGGAAAAACUCAGUGACAUUUCUCUGGUACUCCUUUUGUAUGGUGUUGGAUACAUUGGAUGACCUUAAGGCAACACUUCACUAUGGAUAACUCCUCAAGUAAUGGAACAACGUCAAACCAGAAUCCAACAUCUCUCAACUCCAUACAGAUAUUUUGUAUGGUCACAUUCAGUAUAAUUUUUGUGCUGGGUGUUAUUGGCAAUGGCCUUGUCAUCUAUGUGACCGGGUACAGGAUGAAGACCUCUGUUAACUCCGUCUGGUUCUUGAAUCUGGCGUUGGCUGAUUUCCUUUUCACUCUUUUCCUCAUUUUCAGCAUCAUCAGUCUUUCCCUCAAUCAUGAAUGGCCUUUUGGAGAAUACAUGUGCAAGUUCAACAGUCUUAUUCAAAUUAUCAAUAUGUUUGCGAGUGUCUUUCUACUGACAGCCAUCAGUUUGGACCGCUGUUUGACUAUAUGGGUGGUGGUCUGGGCUCACAACAAACGCACUCCAAACAAAGCCAGGCUCAUUUGUGUGUUUAUCUGGCUCCUCGCCCUGGCAUGUAGCAUUCCUUUCAUAAUCUCGCGCAGAGUAGAAAAUAACAGGUGUGCAAAGUCUGAAGCCAAACUGACAACCAAGCAGCUUGCAGUGUUCCGUUUUGUAGUUGGAUUUCUGAUCCCGUUCCUCAUAAUCACAUGUUGUUACGUGGCCAUCGGUGUCCGUGCCAGACGAACCAACAGGAGGAAGAAGAUGAGGCCUUUCCUCGUCAUCCUGGCAGUCAUCUUGGCCUUCUUCAUCUGCUGGUUACCCAUUCAAAUUGUCGACCUCAUUAUGACAGAUCAGUUAUACCUUCACAGCAUUAACCCAAACCUUUUCAACGGUGAUGUGUACUACAUGGCACGAAAGAUCUCUCCAGUGGCAGCCAGCUUGGCCUUCCUGAACAGCUGCAUGAACCCUUUUCUGUACAUGUUCAUGUGUGAGGAGUUUCUGCAGAAGCUGAAGCGCUCAGUGUUUGUGGUGCUGGAGCACGCCUUUGCUGAGGAGCAUCUGGUCUAUUUCUCCUCACAGUUCUCGGUCACGUCGCGCCAGUCUGUGAGCUCUGGGACAAACCAAAGAAAAGGAACUCUGACCUCCCUGGUAGCCUUUGGGAGGACACCAUCCGUAGGAGAAUGAGCAGAUGCUGUGGUGUAAAUCCACUGCUGGGUAGAGAGAGUUGACUUCAAAAGCUUCAUCCAUGCUGUGUUUAGCACUCUCAAAUUAUAUAUUUUUUUCUUGCUUGUUUGAUUUGGUUUGGUCUGCUUUGAAGCUAUUCACUUUUGGAAAUUAUUUUUUAAUAUGCUGUCAUUUGGUGUUUAUUGCAUUUUGCUGUUUAUGAGAAAUAAAGUCUGAGAAUAAAAAGUAUUUUCUAGUAAACAUUGCAGAAGUGUUCUGCCCUUCACAAUAGGAUCCAAAGCUUCAUGACUAUGACUUCUCUGUGUGUAUAUGCUGUGUAGUGGGUGCUGGUGAAAUAAUGUGUCUGUGUCCCAUGUACAGUGUGUGCCUGUUAGACUUUUGUACUGAUACAUUUCCCAUGUGGACAAUAAAGAUCGACCAGUAUCUAUUCUGGUGAAAAUGUU